GCGGAAGGCAGGGAGGUGGAGCGGGCGGCGCGAUGGCGGCGACGCUGCGGAUCCAGAGCGACUGGAGCCGGGCGCUGAGGAGGGACGAGGGUGAGGCCUGGCUGAGCUGCAGGAGCCCCGGGAAGCCGACCCUGUACGGCAGCCUGACCCGCCGCGGGCUCAGUGCCGAGGGCGUCCCCGACAUCGCCGCCUCCGAGGGCUUCGUGGUCGGUGAAGUCACCAAGAAAAGCAUUCUCAUUUCUUGUCCUCAUGAAAAUGUGUCCACAAAGUUCUUGGCGCCGUACACAACGUUUUGUAGAAUUCAUCAGAAAAGUAUCACCUGUCUCGACAUUUCCAGUGGUGGAGGGCUUGGUGUGUCUACCAGCACAGAUGGGACCAUGAAAAUCUGGCAGGCUGCAAAUGGAGAAUUAAGAAGACUAUUGGAAGGCCAUGUGUAUGAUGUGAAUUGUUGCAGGUUUUUCCCAUCGGGCCUUGUGGUUCUCAGUGGGGGAAUGGAUGCCCAGCUAAAGAUCUGGUCGGCAGAAGAUGCCAGCUGCGUAGUAACAUUUAAAGGUCACAAAGGAGGAAUUUUGGACACUGCCAUCGUGGAUCGGGGAAGAAACGUCCUGUCCUGUUCUAGAGAUGGCACUGCCCGCCUCUGGGACUGCGGGAAGGCCGCGUGUCUGGGUGUCGUCGCUGACUGCGGCUCUCCAGUCAACGGCAUUGCUGUGGGUGCUGCUGACAACUCGCUGAACCUGGGCACGCCUGAAAAAGCUCCUAGUGAACGUGAGAUUGGGACAGAAGGGAAAAUCCUGCUGUUGGCCCGAGAAGACAAGAAGCUCCAAGGAGUGGGACUGCAGAGCAGGCAGCCGGUGUUUCUCUUUGUUGGAUCUGAUGCAUUUAACUGCUGUACGUUCCUCUCAAGUACCUAUUUCCUGGCAGGGACUCAGGAUGGGAACAUAUAUCAGCUAGAUAUGAGAAACACAAACGCUCCAAUCCAGGUCAUUCAUCGAUCAGGAGCACCAGUGCUCUCUCUGCUCCCUUACCAAGAUGGAUUUGCUGCCAGCCAAGGUGAUGGAACGUGCUUUAUCGUUCAGCAAGACCUCGAUUACGUCAUCGAUCUCACCGAAGCAGACUGUGACCCUGUGUACAAGGUAGCUUCUUGGGAGAAGCAGAUUUACACGUGCUGCAGAGACGGGAUGGUGAGGAGAUACCAACUUUCCGACCUUUAAAGGUCUGGACUGGCUGAAUGUCCACGGGAAGUGUCGAAGUAACUCUUCCGCGCUCGUUUUCCUGUACAGCGUGUUUGAGAAAUGUGUAUAGGAGUGUCUGAGCUUUUCGUAAUGACCAGGCUGUGUAUAAAGCGUGUGGCGAGGAGUGAUAUUUCGUAUCACAACAUAAUUUAGAGCUUUUUCUUUGAGCGGCUCCGAGAUGUUAGAGAGGAUCUUGCAUGAUCUGCUGUGUAAUUACAGGUUGUUUUCUUUUCUACUGUUCUAUAUGUUACUGUUCUUUCUAGGAAAACAAAAAUUGGCCUGGGGGUGGGGGCAGCUGACUGUGACUGUACAACAGUGUUGACUGAAAUAAAGCAAUUGCUUUGAUAACA